AUGUACUGCAAUUCGCAAAAUAAUGAUUCUGUCCCCUACGCGAGCUGUUGUCAUUCUCUCGGCAAAGCUAGUGUUGGUGCACUAGCACUCAAAGAACUUACUUCGGCUGACUUUCAUUAUCACGGCAAACCAGUCAUUGUCAAUAUAACCAUCAGUGGUCUGAUUAUCCGCUCUAUUGAUGAAUCUGACAUGUCAUUUUCGGUGAUCACCGAACUGUGGCAGAGUUGGAACGAUAAACGACUCAAUUAUCCUCCAUGGGCACCAGGCGCUUAUCAGGUCCUAGACUCUAUGUGGAAAAAGAAAUUGUGGAAUCCUAUGCUCUACUUCGUCAAUUCUGUCGACGGCAAAGUGGAUGAAAUCAUCACGCCCAGCAGUUUCUUCUGGCUGACUAAGCAGAGCAACGUCUUCUACUUCUGCAGGAUAGUGGUAAAGCUGAUAUGCGAAAUGGACUUGAAACUAUAUCCUCACGACGAACAGAAGUGUGGAAUAAAAUUGUCUUCAGCCAUCUUCAACUCCAAACAAGUGAUACUUCGAUGGAACUCUCCCAGCAACAAACUGAAACAGUUUUCCAGCUUGCAACAAUUCAAAAUCAUCAACGUAGAAAUGAAGGAAUGCAUUUUGUUAUCCAACGCAAACAACAACAUGUCCUGCUUGGAGAAAACGAUUCUGCUUCACCGUAGAGGUGGUUACUACCUUAUCAACAUCUACAUCCCUACCGUCCUCAUUGUCAUCAUGUCUAUGCUGACCUUCUGGAUUCCUCCGGAAGCCGUGCCAGCGAGGGUCACUCUUGGGGUCACGAGCCUCUUGACCAUCAUCACCAAACAGUAUCAGGCAUCCAUGCCUAAUGUGUCGUACAUCGUGGCAAUGAACAUCUGGCUCUCUUCCUGUGUCGCUUUCGUCUUCUUUAGUCUGCUUGAAUUUGCAAUUGUGAUUGCGAUGAAUACGAAGACAAAGACCCAAAGUUCGCUACCGGGAGACAAAGAUUUCGUCUUGCCAUUGGUCAUGUUGAAAGCGAAUGGAACGUGGUCAAUGAAAAACAGCUGGGGCAUGAAGCCAGGACAGGAAAGCAACAAGACGUCCAGGCGAAUAGAUUUCUUUUCCAGAAUAUUUUUCCCACUUUCGUUCGUCGUCUUUUGCAUAAGCUAUUGGAGAUGCUACAGUUGACGAUUUUAUGUCGGUGUUUUGUA